GCCGGGCUGGACCCUGGGCUACUAAGAGGGAGAACCUGCAUGUCCUAAUCCUUUUCUCUCUUUCUCUGCAUGGCAACCGACCGCAUGGGUGAGAGACAAUGCGGAAGAAUGUUCUGCACCUGCGAGUGCAUGAAUAAGUCGGUGUGGUUUUUCCCCGCCGUCUACUCGAUAUUACAUACACACUACUUUAGCCUUGCCUGCAUCCAUCUCGACUGACUGACUGACUGACUGACUGCCUUGGAAGCAGAGAAUGAUAGACAUUACCCCGUACCGAUGAUCAUGUCUAUCUCUUGUCAGACAUAGUAAGCAUCUACACGGUACGUGUGCACGCAUGUUAUUAGCCAGCCAGCCCAGCCGGCCAUUCGCCUGACUUGGCAGAUGGCAUCAUCCAAGCCAGGCCCAACUCAACCUGGCCGACGAUCUCGACAUGCACGAGUCGCCGCCGCCGGGCUCGCAGGCGACACGUGCGGUGGGCGGCGUGGGAGCUUGUGCCCAAGGCAGGGGCCAUGGCGGGCAGGGAUCACGUCUGGUUGUGCCGCUGCAAUACUGUGUACUGUAGUGUAAAGCUGGCAGGCAGGCAAGGCAGGCACGGCAGCGUCAGGGUCUGGGAGGAGGGUGGUGUGGGGGGAGGGGGCCUGCAGCUGAUUGGCGCCGAUCUGAGAUGGCCUUGGAAGUUGGAACCUUUGGAACCUUCGAUAUCGACGUUUGGAAUUUUCAACCCAGAUCAGCCUUGCCAACCUGCCAACCCAACCCAGUCUGCCAGUCCUGACAGCCCAGCCCAGCCCAGCCCCUCCACCCGACCGGACCCCUCCUCCUGUUAUCUUCGGAGGACCCAGAAUCAUAAUCGCCAUCUGGCUGCCGCGCGCUGCGUCACUCGUGCAAGGGCAAGGGCAAGGGCGACGACAAGGAUCCACCCACGUCGAUCCGACCUGACUGACUGACUGACCCCGAUCGACCGACCCCUCGACAUCUUUUCCGGCCCUUGACCCGGGGCGGAACAGCUUUGUCCGUCGCGCAGCCCGCCCCGACAUCUGCAACCAACAAAGCAAGGGCUCGGUUCGGCUGAGACCAGCUCAGGCUUUGAGCCCACUCACAGCCAAUUCCGACCUUCGAUGCCAAUGCCGCCGCUGCUGUCAUGACAGACUCGACACCCCCCACCUCCUCUGGCAGGAGCUGGGUCCCCGCCGUGCCGGGCCCCCUCCAGCGCCUGUUCGACGCGGUGCCCCUCGUCACCUACGGCCCCAACGAGCUGCCCCUCGGCUCGCCAGGCGCCUCCGACCUGCCCACCCUCCACGUCUUCACCACCGAGCACGAUGCUGCGCGCGGCGCCCCGAGCUUCAACCCCUCUUGUCUCAAGUGGCAGACCUUCCUCCGAAUAGCAGGCGUCAAGUUCCAUCUCCGCCCCUCGACAAACCACGCCUCCCCAACCGGCGCCCUCCCCUUCCUCCUCCCGCCAUUAACCACCAUAACCCCGACGACGACGACAGACAAAUACGCCCGCCUCGACGGCAGAUCAACCCGCCCCAUCCCCUCCUCCCGCCUAGAGGCCUACGCAGCCCAGCACGGCGCCCUGCCCCCCGCAACAGUGACAGACCAGGCCCCCACCCCACAGCUCCAGUCCCAGGCCCGCCGCCGCCAGGCCUACCAGUCCCUGCUGGACGGCGCCCUCCGCACCGCCUGGCUCUACUCCCUGUACCUGUCCCCGCCCAACGAGCCCCUGCUCCGCCGCUGGUACGUCGACCCGGCCUCGCGGUCCCAGCUGGUCCGCGACGCCCUGCUGCGCCGCGUGCGCGCCGUCGCGCGGGAGGAGGUGGCCAAGUCUGCCGAGGGGACCGCCAGCGUCGAUGGUGGCAAAGGGGGAGGGCGCUGGAGCAUCUCGGGCAACGUGGGCGACCUGCUCUCCUGGGCCCUGGCGGGGUCGUCCCCGGCCGUCGACCCGGCGCGCAUCUACGCCGACGCGCGGCGCGCCCUGGGCGCCCUCGAGACGCUGCUGUAUGCCGGCGCCGAGGGGGAGGCCGACAACAAGGAGCCCGGCGGUGGUGGUAGCAGCAGCAGCGGGUGGUUCUUCGGCGCGCCACACCCGACGCUGUUCGACACCGCUGUGUUCAGCUACAUCUACCUGAUCCUGAACGGCGCGCGGGCGUCGUCUGGAGGCGGGCGGGGAAAAGAACAAGGAGCAGGAGGGGAGGGACAGCAGCAGCGCGACGACGGCGGGGAGGCGUGGGGCGACGACACGCUCCGCCGCAUCGUGCUGGAGUGCCCGCGGCUCGUCGCCCACACGCGGAGGAUCGUCGAUUCGUACUGGGGGGACCUGGAUGAUGGCGGGUGGGUGUCGCUGGACCGUCACCACUAGCUGGGAACGAGACGGCGGGGGGCCAGGUGCUGUGGACGGUCCCACAAAUAGUGCCAAUGCCUACCAACUUCAGGAGGGGUCUAUGGGGCCAGUACUACUUGGGGCAUAAGGGGUUUGCUGCUGCUGCGUGGCCCACCCCUCUCUCUCUCCGAGCGCAUGAACCAGGCAGGCGGUUGCGGUUGCGGCUCCUGCCGGCCGCCACGAUACGCAUGUUCUCACAACGCACCGAGUCAACCUGGCCCCACGGGGACUGCAGUGAAUUCGCAACGAGGCUGCGUUCAAUGGCCAGUCUAAGGACGUGGACACGGGCGUGGUACAUGUUCCUACCAGCCAGGCCACCCACCAUGUUGUUUGGUCAUGCAGGUGCGCAACCUCUCUCACAGCACCACUCACCCUGCCACGGUUUUGAAGCACGUGCAGACAACACAUGUGCGGAAAUAGGAAAGACAGGACCAUGUAUGUAGUCAGAUACCCAAAAUUAGAAGAACAAAAAAAGAUCGAUACACGAAGAGGUCAUAAAUACCAGGUAGUAUAUACCGAGGAGAUAUGCCCGUCGAUAGGGAUGAGCGUGUCUGUCUGUCUGUCUGGCCCAUCUCACUCACCACCACUCACUCAUCCACUUUCUCAAGCUCGGUUUGGAAGGGGGAACAAAAAGACAUUCACAAACUGACCCGCGGAGCAAUUCGUGCGCACGGUGCCUGCCUACCUAGGUAUUUAAGUACCCGCCUACGGGCUCAGAGACAGAAGACCGCCGGCCAGCCGACCAGACACAUUUGAAAGGCCUUGGCUGCCCAGGUAGGGAGAUGUGACUGUCCUCCGUCCUGGUGAUGUGACUGUCCACCCGUCCUGGUGCGGGCAUCACGGCCAACCCAGUCAGUCAGGUGGUAAGAUAUAGUCUUACUCAACCAUAGGGCAGAAUGGGUGGAUCCCUUGGAUAAUUCAAGACGGACGUCUCGGGCUAAAGGAAUGGGGAGUUAACGUGCGCAUGGUAUGUUGGGAUGGACACAAGACGGAUGCUGCUACAUGUAGAGUCGAAGUCCUUAUAUUACAUGAAUAUGUAAUAAACUAUUUUUCAUG